UAUUCCAUCGUACUCAACGGUUUAGUUAUUCUGGGCAAUUCUGAGCGACGGCGGAAUAACUUUUUUGUCAAUUAUUCACUAUGGAAUAGCGGCGAAUAACUUUCCGGCAGAGGAAUAAAUAUUUAUUCCAAUAGAUUUUCCGAAGAGAGGAAUUGACAUUCGGAGUGUCAAAAUAUUAUAAAAUUUUUGAAUAAAUUGCUUAAUUAUUUUUGUGUUGUGGUUUUGUUAACAAUUUUAAUUUGCGAUUUUGUGUGCUAUGAACGAAAAUAAAGAAAAAGUCGCGAGUUCCUCGAGCACGGAGAUCUGCGAAUUGGUCGGCGGAGGAGACGUUGCGCUUUGUGCGCGCACUUGUUGAUGUCGGUCGCGAUGGCAUUUUAAAUCAGGCGACAAACGGUUGCACGCCAGAGCAACGGGCCCAGGAGUAUCGGAAAAUCGCGAAUAUAUUGAACGCCGAGCGCGCUUCUACGGGAAUUGUUCGCGAACCACUACAUCUGCAGAAUCGGUUCAAGCAAAUAAAGCAGUAUUUGCAGACAUAUUCGACAUGGCAGCGGCAAGUUUCAAUGGGAACUGGUGGCGGACUUGCGAAACCCAUGCCAGUGUCUUUAACCGUUCCUCUCACUGGAGCCAUGCUAGAAUUGCUUGCGAUUCUGCGUGAUCGCUUCUGUGGCCUCCAUUCCGAAUUUGACAGCGAUAUGGUAAUUUAUGGAAGUUCGGCAAACAGCAAAGAGCACUCACUGCUGAAUACGGAAGCAUUGCCCGAAACACAAAUGCCGGAUGAUACACAUACCCCAUUGUAUGUUCAAAACAAAGAUGUAUUGGGUGUUCAAAACACGACGUUAGAGGAGGUCCAAAUUGUGAAUAUCACGGAAGCAUUGCCCGAAACACAAAUGCCGGAUGAUACACAUACCCCAUUGUAUGUUCAAAACAAAGAUGUAUUGGGUGUUCAAAACACGACGUUAGAGGAGGUCCAAAUUGUGAAUAUCACAGCGAAGCCGUCAUCGACCAUAUUGACUCCCAGCUGUAACUUCUCCAGUCCUUUAAUCGUCUCCACCAGCUCGCCGUUGCCCAAGGAAGCAUCGGCAGUAGAACCGCGACAAUAUUUUGCAACAGUUGCACAACAGCGGCAAGCACGGAAACGCAGAUUCCGUGACCCAAAUAAUGCCGAAAAUGAAAUGCGCCAGCAGCUUAUAAAUCUUGAAUUAACGCAGUCACGCGAACUCCACGCAACAAACAUGCGCCAUGCCAUCGAGUUACAUACUGCUAAUAUGGAAGCGGUUAUGCUACAAAAAACUGCUCAGAAGCAAGUAAUGCAAUACUUCGCUAAGCGGGAACAAGAAGCGCAGGAGCGUCACAACCUAUACUUAAAGACGCACAAACCGAUGAAUGCACAAGAAUCUGAAAAAAUCGUCCAGGAGGAGCUUGAAGUUUCGAGCUUUUAUGACGACAUAAAACAUUCAGUAUAGUUUCGCGCAACAGGGUGUUAUUUAUUUUUUUUUUUUAU